UCAGGCGAGGGUACUUUUGGCAUUGUGCAACCUUUUCCUGAAAAUAUCUUCCCUUUGGAGUACACUACAGCCAGUGUUACUUGCAUUGCCUUUGAUGCAUCUGGAGUAAGAGAACCCGAGGAAAUCUUGUUUUUCAGGAGAGAUGAUUUAAAUAUCUAUACGGAGUUGAAACCGAGCGAAAAAUUAUCGUUUUCACACCGAACGGAAUAUUUAGGCGAGUACACACAUGUUUUCGUUGAGUUCCUCCCUUUUAUCUUCUUCUUUCUGGUUUAAAAUACAUUUAUCCUUCUCUCCACUAAUUACUUUGGCGUAAUUUUUGUCCUUUGAAAACUUAUGAAAACUUUCCCCGUUAUUUAUUUAUGUUAUUGCAGUACCUGACGACACAACAUUUUCCUGGCCCGCUUUUUUACUGGUGGAUAUGAAAAGCAUAAGAAGGAGUUAUUGCGGAUUCGUCAUGCAAAGACAGAUUUUUUUUCAGAUAACGUUAACAGCUCAAACACUUUCCUUUUAGAUGGAAACCCUAAACUUUUCAACACCAUGACAAUCACGAAUGUAACAAUUGAAGAUGACAGUCAGUAUGGAAACAUUGGAAGUUACGAGUGCCAUGCUUUUGCCAAGAAUGAAUCAACCCCGAAGAGACACGGUUUUAGUAUCAGCGUUAUAACAAGUAAGCUUUUUCAUCUAUAAAGUGCAGUUUUACAGACUCGACAAGGUUAUUGAUCUUUGCCUAUCCAUUCUACUUGCAAAGUGCAUGUAGACACAUGUGUUAACUUAUCUUAAAAAAAUUUACUAGAUUUUGGUAAUAAUUCAACUAAUCUCCUAUCCGGGUCCUACCGUGUAACUAUUGAAAUGAACAAUAACUGAAAUGGAAGGUCUGGGUACGAGACAGCAAUUCAACUUAACCAUAUUUUGACCGUAGGUUGAAUUCCAUGCAUUCAUCACUAUUAUGACCGAGCAUUGUGAAUAACUUUGUCUACAAUUUUUUUUUUUCAAUUAUUUAAGUUGCCUAUUUUCUUUUAUAUUAGGAGACGAAAUCCCUAAACUUGUUGUGGUCCCACAUACCAAUUUCGUCGAUAAGUUAACACUCAGCUGCAGCUUAACUAAAAGAGGAAACAAGAACAGCACUCCACUGAAGAGGAUAUCUUGGUAUAAAGAUGGAAAAUUGUUGAUGAGUUUACAAAAUCCAGAUCCAGAAAUUGAAAAGGUUCUUAUCGCUCCACUUAAGUUUGAAGAUGUUGGAGUCAGAGAUGGCGGAAACUAUACCUGUCUGUUGGAAGUAAAUUUACGACACAUCAAGAGCUACAAGGUCUCAGAUUACAUUGUAAUUCACAGUAAGUAUAAAGCGCAUAAACGUAUCUUAUAAGUAUUGGUAGCUUGUCAAUACUCAUGUAUGGUCAGUUCUUUGAAUAGAUGGAAACAUCAUUUUGAUCCCAAUCGGGCUGACCGUCAGACAAUCUCGUUUUUCACUGGUUUUCAAUUUUAUUGGUACAUUUGUUGAAUACAAGUCCGUUAGGAACUUCCGAAUACUUAUCUAUUGACACAUUUUGAUCCCUCUGCGUAAGGGUGAAAGACGGUUCAAAAAAGGUAAUAAUUUUUUCAAAUCAGUCAAUGGAAACCCAAAGAUGUUUUUUGAAAUUUUUGGGAGAAACAUGCGUCUUAUUCUCAUCAUCGUCAUCAUUAUCAUCAUCAAAAUUAUCAUCAUCGUCGUCGUCGUCAUAACAUCAUUAUUAUCACCAUUUACUUUUAUUCUAGUUGAACCAUUGUUUAAAGAUAAAGAUAAAAAAAUAGUCAAGGCAAAGCCGGGAGACAAAGUAACUUUGGAGUGCAGUGCCAGAGGAUAUCCUCUGAAGGUGGAAUGGAAAUUAAAGAAUAAGCGCGACGAAACAGUUACAUCUUGCAUAAGUAAGUUUGAGCUGGACAUGAUUGCUUUUAGUUAAGCGUUCAAUUCCGUCAGUUUUACAUUAUGUACGUCACUUAGUUAAUCAAUCAAUCAAUCAAUCAAUCAAUCAGUGAGUCAGUCAGUCGUUCAGUCUGUCAGUCAGUCAGUCAAUCGGUCGAUCAGUAAGUCAUUUAGUCAGUCAGUCAGUAAGUCAGUUUGUCAGUCAGUUAAUCAUUUAGUCAGUCAGUCAGUUAUUCAGUCAAUAAGUCAGUCAGUCGGUCAAUCAUUCAUUCUGUCUGUCUUCCAGUCCCUCGGUUACUCAGUCAGUCAAAUCAUUGAUCAUUUCUAAGACAAUAAGUUUGUUGGUCAGUUUGUUUGUUGAUUGUUGGUUGUUGUGAUUCAGUAAGAUCAACCAUCUUACUAAUAAUUCGGCCGGCGAGUCAGUCGAUUUGUCAGUUCCUUACCAACCAUUGGCCGUCAACCAAAUGUUGCAUGGUUAAUCAGCUUCACAACUCUAUUUAAUGUUAUAUUUUAGAUUCUUCGACGAACGAGCAUUACAAUGUCACUCAUAACGGACCUUACGAUCCCUAUUACUUGACCAUCACGGGCAUGAGCAAAGUUCACUUUGGAGUUUAUUACUGCUGUCUGCAAACAGGCUGCUUUAACAACAUCACUGAAGAUCAGUGUCAGCGCUUUGACCUC